AUGGCGUUGAAAUCCCCACCGGUUCUCUUUGGAUUGCUUGCUCGCAUUUCUCGCCGUAGUUUUUCCACAUCGAAGGCUUUAUCAUCAAAGCCAGUUACUGUACGAGAUGCCUUAAACCAGGCCAUUGACGAAGAGAUGGAAAGAGAUGACAAAGUAUUUGUCUUAGGUGAAGAAGUAGCUCAAUAUGAUGGUGCUUAUAAAGUAACACGAGGUUUAUGGAAGAAAUAUGGAGACAGAAGAGUUAUAGACACACCAAUUACAGAAAUUGGUUUUGCUGGUAUUGCUGUUGGUGCAGCAUUUGCUGGACUCAAACCAAUAUGUGAAUUUAUGACCUUUAAUUUCUCCAUGCAGGCUAUUGACCAUAUAAUUAACUCAGCAGCAAAAACAUUCUACAUGUCGGCGGGUGGAGUACCAGUUUCAAUCGUAUUCAGAGGUCCCAACGGUGCUGCAGCAGGAGUUGCAGCGCAACACUCACAGUGUUUUGGUGCCUGGUACAGCCACUGUCCUGGACUUAAAGUUAUCAUGCCUUACUCCUCCGAAGAUGCAAAGGGUCUCCUAAAAGCAGCCAUCCGUGACCCAGACCCAGUAGUGUUUUUGGAAGAUGAAAUCAUGUAUGGAUUACAGUUCCCAAUGUCUGAUGAGGCACUAUCUUCUGACUUUGUGCUGCCUAUAGGAAAAGCGAAAAUAGAGCGCGAAGGAUCCCACAUAACCUUAGUGUGUGCGGGCAGAGCGACUGAUACAGCAUUGCAGGCGGCCAAUGAACUUGCUGGAAAAGGUAUUGAGUGUGAAGUUAUCAAUCUACGUACUAUCAGGCCAUUGGACAUGGACACAAUUGCCAGAUCUAUUUCCAAGACUCACCACCUCAUUACUGUUGAACAAGGAUGGCCUCAAUCAGGUAUCGGUGCAGAGAUAUGCGCUCGCAUAAUGGAAUCGCCCGCAUUCUUCGAACUAGACGCCCCAGUAUGGCGUGUGACGGGCGCAGACGUUCCAAUGCCGUACGCGCGUUCGUUGGAAACGCUCGCUUUGCCACGACCUCCGGAUGUAGUCGCCGCUGCUAGUGCGGUAUUGGCUAACCAGAUCGCAAGUGAAGCCGCGAAUUAG